AUGUCCAUCAAGAAAGACGAGUUUGUUACCACCAGCGAGUUUGAUAGCACCAGCUCUCAAAAGAUUGAUCUGUUUUUGUCCCUUAUUUGGGACGGCUACAAAAAAGACCCGAGGGAGCAACGCUUCUUGCUGAAGCUAGACUUCUUCCUGAUGUCCAGUUCGAUGCUGGGUUACUUUAUCAAGACUUUGAACCAGUCGAAUGUGACCACUGCCUACGUUAAUGGUAUGAAGGAGUACUAUACCAUGGACAAGAACCAAUAUAACUACAUGAUUACACUGUGGACCGUUGGAUACACCGUUGGUGCCAUUCCAUCCAACAUCAUUCUGCACAGAGUUUCUGCCCGCUACUACCUUGGAGGGUUGGAGCUCAUUUGGUCUGCGCUGACGCUUUUGAUGGUUGCGUGCGGACCAGAAAGAAUUAACGGUAUCUACGCUCUCCGGUUCUUAAUGGGUUUCUUGGAAGCAGGAUACUUUCCUGGUCUGGAAUAUCUGCUUGGCUCAUGGUACAGUCCAAGUGAGCUUUCAAAAAGAUCCUCCUACUUUGCGUGCUCCGGUAUUGCUGCCAGUAUGGUUUCCGGCCCUCUGCAGGAAGCCAUCUUGAGAGGGUUUUCGAAGUCCAAGUUGCAGCCAUUCAAGUGGAUGUUUGUAUUUGACGCUGUGAUUUCGGUCCCGGUUGGAAUCUACACCAUGUUUGUGGACCCUAACACUCCUUCCACAACAACUGCAUUCUACUUGAACGAGACAGACAAACAGGUUGCGGUGGAAAGACGUCGCCAGGUGAAGGCAGAGCUCAAGACCAGACACAGGUACAGCUGGGCUCGUCUUAAGGAAUUCUUUGGAACCUGGCACAUCUACGUGUUCCCAGUUCUGUUUUUGUGCUACAACAACACCUGUGCCGCCAUCAGCCAGCCUACAUUCACCACCUGGAUGAAACAAGACCUCAAGUUGCCAUCCAGCCAAUAUAACACUUAUCCGUCAAUCUUAUAUGGUGCUGGCAUUGGGGUCACCUUGGUGUUCUCGCACCUGCACGAUUACUUUGGGGGAACUUAUAACUACGUCCUGGUUGGCCUCUACUUUGUGCUAAUGAUCAUUGGCAGCUCCAUGCUAGCAGCGUGGGACAUCGCGCGUCCUGCUCAUUGGGCAGCUUACUUUAUUGUCGGUAUGCCGACCGCUUGGGGGCAGCCUCAAAUCUUCUCCUGGGUGAACCGUCUGCUGUUUGGCAACGAUAUGAAGAGAAAUUUCACAGUGGUGUGUACCAAUACGCUGGCCUACGUGACGGCUGCUUGGGUGCCUAUUCUCGUUUGGAAUGCCGAAGAUGCUCCACGAUACCCGAUCGGUUUCAGAUAUAACGCCGGCCUAGCAAGUCUGGGACUUGUGAUGACAAUUACGGCCUGGUUCCUUACCAGGCGAGACACUAAGAAAAAGGCAUUGCUGGACGCACAGCAAGACGAAGUUGAGGCCACUACCCACUUUGUCUCGUCAACCUCCUUUUAA